CAUGCAGGUAAUUGGCGCCUUCUCCAGAAAUCCACCUGAAAAGACGGAGCAACGCUGUCUUUCCCAGGCGGAGGCGCCUUCGCUGCCGUGGCCGUGGCCGCGUGAGUCCACUUGGCCGGCCUGAUGACGUCGGCCGACGCGGACACGAUGACGACGUCAGACGGCAACGUCAGCAGCAGCAGUGGCGGCGGUGGCAGCAGCGGCAGCGCCGCGGGCAACAAUGAGACGCCCUGGGCUGACCUCUGGUGGAAGGAGCGGGUGCAGGUGGCGUCUCCGGACUGGGCCGAGCUCCGGCAGCGCGUGCAGUGGCUGUGGCCCGUGCACGCGUACGGUCUGGCCUGCCUCUUUCUCGGCCUGGCCGUCACCGCCUUCCUGACGGCGCUCGGCCUGCGCGCCAGGUUGUCGGCGAGGCCGCACCUCUCCACGCUCAACGUCUUCCUGCUGGUGCUCGGCCUCACGCGCUGCUUGUGCCUGUUCCUCGACCCGUACGGUUCCAGGCAGCUGAUGCCUAGCGUGAUGUUGGCCAUGCUGUGGGACCUGGCCUUCCCGUGCCUGCUGUCGGCCUUCUCGCUGCUCCAGCUGGCCUUCGUGCAGCUCACGCAGGCCAAGCCCAGUCCCGCACGCGUCGGAGACGAGACGUGCGUUUCGCUCGUCGUCGUCUUCCACUUCUGCCUCGCCAUCGCCUCGGACCUCUUCUGGGCCAUGCAGAACUCGUUCAGGGUGGUGUGGCUGUUCACCCAGCUCUCGUUCACUGCCUGGGGUCUGUUCCUGUGCUCGACGUGCGUCUGCUCCUGCCUGCGGCUGCAGCAGUCCAUCUCCCAGCUGCCCAUGUUGCUAUUCCUGCCUCCACAAGGUCCCGGGGACGCCGCCACGGAGGUCGCAGCAUCUUCGGCCUGCUAUGACAACAAAGGCAUCAUGGCUCUGGGAACACUAGAAAGGUCCGGCAGUGGCGGUGCCGGCCGCUCUAUGACCCGGAGCUACACGGCCAGCGGUGUCCCCAUGCGCGGGGCCUGGGAGGCGCUGGCGCCCAGGAUCCGGGUCACGGACGAGCACCAGCGCACCGUCAGCCUAAGCAGUGCGCAGGGCGCCGGGGGAGGACCCUCGUCGCCUUCCAACGGGCACAGGACCGCCAGUUCUUCGUCGUCGACAGAAGGUCCGGAACCAGACCCGGAACCGGAACCUGACGCGGGACCUGAUUUAUCGAAGAGCACCGGUGGCCUACGCUCCCAAACUUCGCUGCCUCUCUGCCCGUCACAGCUCACUCGGGAACAGCAGCAGCCACUCAUGUCCAAGCUGGAGGUGGAGUUCGGCGUCGGCGAACAGCAGCCCUCCUCGGCCGUACGACGCGACCAGAUGCGGAGACAGACCCUGCCGAAAACGAGCCAUUCGACUCGGUCCUGGACCCGUUCCCGAGAAACCGCCGGUUCUCUGCUGCUGGCGACGGCCUACAGGGGACAGCCUCAGCCCCAUAAGAAGCGCAGCCGCGUGGAGCGCCUGCUGCGCCAGACGCUGCUGGCCGCCGUGCUGGGCAUCGUUCUGUGCUGCCUGCAAGGAUACGGCGUGGCCGGGCCGCAUGGCAUGUUCGCCGCCACGCCCAGGGCCGCCGCGGUGCUACCCUGGUUCGCCUACCACACGCUGCACAGGUGCCUGGAGCUCGCCAUGGCCUGCACCAUGGCGAGCGUGACGAGGAAGUCGCUCUAUAGCAACUGCUACCGGUCACACAGCUGCAACGAAAAGUACCGGGGCUCCCUCUUCUCUUGAGCGCUCGGACGACCCGGUCACUUUUUGUCUUCGCCAAAAGAAGAACACCCUGCGCACGGGAGGCGUGUCGACGAGUUUUGGCACGACGUUGCCAAUGCCCGUGCACUGCGACGCCAUACUGCAGCUUGCGCUCUCAAAGCGACGCCAACCGCACGUACGCCAGUAGCCCGUCCGGAGCGCACGAGCACGCACGCGCUCCUGCAGUGCUUAUACUCAUCAGUGCCACCUUACAUCUUCUCCGCCAGGGCGGAGGACACGUUUGUGCCAUCGUCGUACGUACAGACACUGUUUAGGACACGUCAGCGGGCGUCCUGUCGGCCCACGUCGGCCGCCAUCUUAGGAUUCGCGUGUACGCGUGUGCGGUGGGUCCACGUUGGCCGCCAUUUUAAGGUUUGUGCGCACGCAUGUGUGGUUAGCCCACGUUUGGCCGCCAUUUUAAGGUUUGUGUGUACGCGUGUGUGGUUGGUCCUCGUUGGUCGCCAUAUAAUCAAUGUUUGUGAGUACGCGCGCGCGCGCGCGCGCGUGUGUGUUAAGGUGUGAAAACGCACUAUCCCCUUCGUGUCGGUCGGAGGCAGUGUCGGAGACGGUUCUUUAGCUUUCUGCGUGGGACGGACGCGCAGCAUUGCUUGCUCCCGUUUGCCAUUGUCAGGUUCAUGGCGGCGAGUUUGUGUUGUGACGUCAUCAGAGCGGCGCUUCGCGCACUAAGGAGGUCCGUACGGCAACCUGGAUUCACAAGGCUGUCCGUGCAUAACGCUUAAUUGUACGUGGUUAGUUGAUUUGCCGUUACCGACACGGCUGACCUGUCACGACGGCCAAGAAACAUAGUCCCGGGUUCGACGAAACGAAGGAUUGUCUGGUGACGUGGCAGGAUAAGAGUGAAAAGAAACAACGUUAGCACAGACGUCCAGCCUGUUGAAACGUCCCCCUCGCCACGUGUACAGCCCCACAAUUUCGCCAGUUUCUCCUGAUUAUAAUCUACAACAAUAAGUUCAAUCCAGUCAGAACGAAACCGAAAGCAGGCGUUACUGUCACUACACAUGGAAAAUCCUAGUAAAUGUACUUUGUUGCGGACUGGUUGAUUAAUAAUUAACGAGUAACGUACUGUGCAAGAUACAUCAAGAGUGGUGGAAAAAAAUGGUUUAUCCUGUCUCUCUUUUCACCCUUCUUGAUGUCUUUCGCGCAGUACAUUACUCGUUCUCAUAGAAAUGUUAAUGAUCGAAAGCUCGGUGAGCGAAGCGCAUCUGAAUUUCGUCCGUUCCCUUCGUCAUGCGCUUUGUUCGCUCCAAAAAGACAUCAGCCAAGGUGCCCGCGCCAUAGCACAGCAGCUCUCACAAAACGAAGUUGUAGCAGGGCCGAAGAGUAUGAACGUUUGCAGCGCUGUAAGUGGGCAUGCAUUAUAUUUUACCGUACCGCUCGUAGUUUGCUCUCAGAAGGGGAUGACUAUAGGUGACAGACAGGCAUCAUGGCUAAGUGACAUGCUCCCUAACGGUUAGCGGUAAUGAAUGGAUUAGUCACGCAGUCAGUUACUGGCCAAAAGCAGUAACUUUGUAAUGACAUAUUUUUAAAGGUGCAACUAUCUAGAAACAAAAACUCGGUUUUGUACUGAUAGAGUAUAAUAUAGUUCCAAUACUCCAUUCGAACUUCCUUGUCGAUCAUUGGCUCCCAAACAACGAAGACCAUAAACUUCGCUUCUUGAAUUUCGCGCUGGAACCGUCGCGACAGUGAUGUCUGUGCGAAAUCAUAUUCGCGUACUUACGCAGUUCUAGCGCAGGGAACUUUUUUGACAGCUCCCCAAGCUUUCAAAACGAUGUCAUCACUAUUUAUUCACAACAAUUAGACCCGAGCUGAUGCUGUCCAAAUUCAUGAUGUCACAGGAAGCUGGUGAGGGCUUUUCAAACAGGCGUCACCACCCACCUUUUGCUUGCCUUGUUUUACACAGUGUUCUUCCUUGCACAGUAAGAACGGCCUACUUGAUAUUCCUGACGUGCACGUGUACUCUAGCAACAUUUCGUAAUGUCUCUCUUUUGGCAUCCUUCUAAAGCCUCGUGCGCACUCGUUAUAAAGAACAGGACAAUAUAUUUGGACCAGAGAUUUGUUUGCGCAUGAGACAAACAGAAAUUAGCUUUCUUUUUUUGCGUCGUUGCACAACUGGCGAUAUCGUCUAAACUAGCUUUCUCUAGGCGUCCAAAUCGGAUCGCCGCAAAAGUCUAGAACGGAAAUCAUGCUACCCUAUCAUAAAACAGUAACUGGCAGGUCGACCGCGUUGGCGCACAUUGACUUUCCAGGUUCUGCAAUCGCAACUCAGGCCUCGUCCUUUUAAUCUUUUUUCUGCUUCACUAGUCUACAACAUAGGGACAUUGGUUUUUGACUAGUUAACAUAUAAGUCUCCCUCGCUAAGCACGUCAACGCCAGCAUGGCUGACGUCCAGAUUGAUGCUAUGUGGGAGAAAAGGCACAGAGAGAGUGACAGUUGGUGGCCAUGCCUCUAUCAGCGAUUUCUCGUCAUCAGACACGUCAAUACCGUGGUCUCCGAGACACCUAUAUAUGCGUCGAUAAUGUCGGAGGAUAUUCGUUGCCACAUAGCCUUCACACUCGGCACAAACUAGUGUCCCUGUAUACAGAAACACAAGCGCAAAUUUUCACGAAAACCCGAUAUACGCUCGGCACAAGUGCCACCUACAGACACUCCGUGCAAAAAGUGCGGUGCCAAUUCUGCUCACUGUCCAUUUAGCGAGAAGGUGACCAGAAGAGGACUAAAAUAUUGUGGCAAGAGAAUGUGUGUGUGUGGAUGUCUCGAUAGAUAACAUUGCGUGUGGAAGUUGGGCAGUUGUGUCGUACGAAAAGUCUGUACUGCUGCAUAAUGGUCAUUUAAGCAUUGCGCAAGUACACGUAUGCAUGCCUGUUAUUGUCUGUCAUGAGCUGUGUAUUAAUUAGCGCGAGUAUAAGUUAUUCUCGGAAAUAGAGCGGCAAGACACAUGGGACCGCAUCAUGUUUGCAUUGCUUCACCGGCUGUAAUACGGCACGACACAAUGUCCUACUACGCGUCAAGGAAUCCUGGUUUGAUUCCCGCUGGAGGAAAGAAUUGGGAGCAAACAUAAACUCCCUUUAUAUUAGACAAAUAACUUUAUGGGAAAGAUAAUACAUCUCCUUACUGCAAGUAGACCCGAUUUUGGUCAAAAGAGAUUGUUCGACAUUUAAUGAAACGAGUCUAAGAAUACUCAAUUUGUGCGUUGUAUAUGCAAACAAUGUAUGCCUGAGCAACGUGUGUGCAAUACUAACAAAACAAGCAAACAGCAGGCGCGGCAGCAACCUCUCGUUAAGUGCAGUGUAGCAUGCACAACACGAAGCGGUUUCAAUGUGCGUUCUGUUCUAAUGUAUAUACAGUAUAUAUUUAUAGAAAGUUGUACGUGAAACGUCCAAGAUCUAAAAAAACAAAUGCGUCCAAAUAUACCAUAUAUUUGUUUUUCUCUGCUAUUCGAUGCAUUUAAAUGCAGUUUGCCUGUGCAGUAAUUACUUACGCGCAUAUAUAUUGUUGCAAGUGUAUUCUUCGAAUAAUGGCUGCAAUUGUCGAGCAUAUAUUUUACGACGCUGUGCUAUUUGCCCUCGAGUUACACAAAGCUAUAGUCGUUGAGAUUUGAGUAGCGUGAAAUUGUGAAGGUUUAGGAUUUCAUUGCCGUUCAUAUGAGGAAUGUCUUGCGUAAGAUCAGAAAAAAAAAGGGCCAAAUGAUCAGCAGAGCGCUUGAUAUAUAAGAAAGAUCGAAAGUCGACGAAGCAAUGCAUCGAAUAACGUUCGCGCUCAGGCUGAGCAAAGUCCAGCGGAAUAAACUAAUGUUGGCGAACUUUAGCAGAGAGCGACCCGCCAAGGCGCUCCGUGCCCGCAGAGUGACGCUCGCCCCGCAAGCGCUUCUGGCAAGUAGAGAGGGAUCGAUAUACGCGCUGCCGCAGACGAAAUAAGAGUGCACAGCCAGGGCACUUCAGUAAGCUGGAACUUGCGGUCGACGUGGCAACGAAACACCUGCCUUACCAACUGGACAUGGAGCAAGGAGAGCAACAAAAGAAUGCGGUCAGCUUCUUUAACUUAACUGCCAACACUGCGUCGCUGGCACAACAUGAAUAGUUGACCGGUUAAUCAGGCUGUAAUACAGGCUGCGCAAUUGAAUGCCAGAUAGACGCAGAAAAGUACCUGCAUAUCGUUCGAACCCAGUCAUACAGAGCGCUCGAUUAUCGUGCUGAGGCGAAAUGCGCAACGAUUUAUGGGUUCAAGUAAGGCUGACUUUACAGGCACUUAAUGGAUAGCUUUGCUUUACAGGCUGCUCAAACAGCUGACGAGGUCAUUAAUGUACAGGAACACACCGAAACACAACAAAAUAAAGGUGGCAGCCAAUGCUAUAUACCCUGCUCCCCGUCUCUCGACCCUGUGCAUGUGCUUCCACGGGUAUAUGCUCAAAGUGCUGACAUGAAUGAUACCAUGACGUCAUUAUAAAACGUCGCGUACAGCGCGCGACCUGUAAUGUGUAGUUGCGCGCCGACAUCCAAAAUCAUGCAUUUAAAGACGACGAGCUACCUCUAAACGAACGUUUGGUUUGCCCUGCUUAUAACUGCGUUUUCAAAACUUGCGCAAAUCUCUCUAGAGACCAGUUGCCCUCUCAUUUGCAUAUUCGCACGCAAUUCGACAGCUCACGCCAAAUAGCACAUGUUCGCGCCAUUAUGAAGCGAUGAUGCGAAUCUCUCCGAAAAAGGUUCAACAUAAUUGGGUGCCGCAAUUUGCAAUUCAUGGGUCGGGUCAACUGCGAUGUGCGUCCAUAUUUGCGCAAGAUUAUGCUCCUCGACAGAAAGAGAAACAUGAAUAACGGGAGGCAAUUUUGUGGGCUCUUGGUGCGACUGGGCAUCGUUAUGUAUAUGCUAAGCCUAACGAAUGAUUCCCCAAUUAGUUAGUGCAGGGUUUAAAAAGCAUGUGGCAUUCUGAGUCCCCCCUUUAACUGUCCCACUUGCUUUGUGGGAAAGAGUGCCUGAGGUUUUAUAAAACUAGCCUUGCAGCAUGCAGGAAGCUAUGAGUACAGGCAUGUGCCUCGGUGCACACUGGUGCACAGUGACGCUGGAAUCCCUGUGAGGCAAACUACCAAAGACGUCUGUUGGUAACGCACCUGCCAUAUUGUCACACGGCUCAGGAGGAAAGUGCUAGAUAGGCUCUCAGAAUUCUUAACGCUCUGGUACAGUAGAACCUCGAUAUAAUGUUAUCGUCGGAUAUAACGAGGCAAAUCUAAAACGUUUAUCGUGCAGAUGCUGCAGGUAACGAAUAUGCCUAUAAUGAAUAUCCGAUACAAUGAAGCUAUUUUCGUGUCGGAUGCAACUUCGUUAUAACGAGGUUCGACUGUGUUAAAAGUUUUCCCAUCUUUUUGGAGUUAGAUAUGAGUAUUUUUGAAAACAUUUGAUUUCUAAUGUUGCCUAAUUCGGAUCAGCUUCAGAACCCAAAAGUUGUGAAUACCUCCUCCUGACUGUUUCAUUGAAAUGCUUGUCCCUGCUUCUGCUGAACCAUUUGAGCCUGGAGAAGGAAAAAAAAAAAGGAAGGAAACCGACAAUUCAGCACACAAGAGUUAGAUAUCUUCUUGUACAUCUAUGAACCUCGACAGCUGCAGUCCCCACAAGUAGGUUGCGGUAUUUUGCGGCAAGUCUUGCAUAACAUCGAAACGGCAACAGUUGUUGAAUAAUUGUAUGUUUCAUCUGCAAAAGUAAGAAACAGAAAUGUAAUAAUCGCACUGUAACAAGGUUGGAUAGAAGUAUAACAGUGCAAUCCUUUUGAAAUCUGAACGGCUGUAAAUAUUUGCUGCUGUAGUUAUAACGGCAGCUACUAUAACACAACUCUUUCAUAAUUACAUCAUUGUGAGAUGUUAACUUCUAUUUCUGCAUGAAAAAUGUACCACAAAAGCAUUGUUACCAGUUGGUGAAUGAAUAUUUUGAGAUCUUUGCAUUUCAAGGAAGCAAGGUCCCACAAAAACCUCAAGAUUGAGACAUCGUGACAUCAAUUCAGUGCGCACGUGAUGUCGCUACGACAGACAGGUGGGAUACCUGCUGCUGUCAAGCGUCAGGAGCUGCUAGAACCUGAUGACAGUACAAUACGGAUUCCCAGCUUGCGUAUUAUAAUUACUCGUUAUUCUGUUGCAUCCAAUGUCGGACACAAGGUUGGAAGACUGGAAAGUACCGAGAGAAACAAACCUUCAUAAAAUCAAUUUAAACUAGUCAAAUGGGAACCCUUCAAGGCCUUCGAACUCAGAUGGAAAAACUAUGUGCAAAGCUUGUGCAUUGUUUGCAAUAUUUCACAACACUGUAGCAGCCUUUAGGGUCAGUUUGGGCAUACUGAAUUCUGCAAGAGUGCUAAAGAAGACCAAAAUGCCACACUAAAAAAAAAUUCUCAAUUUGGCAGGCCUACCAAGUUUCUUGAAAAUAUGUUUCCAUGCAUUUUGAUGCUGAUUAAACAAAAUGAAGGGUGGAUUUCUAAUAAUAGAAGCUUUUGAGUUCCCCAGGGCAGAGGAACAUGGUCAAAAAUAGCUGACUGGAGAACAUGCCUAAGACAUGGAUAUUGUUAAACAUGCCUACGUUUGAUAUUUAGACUGCUGCGCAUGUAUGCAGGUGCCACUAAUGAAACGACCGCACCAAUCUGGCUGCCGGGAACGCGACCAUGUGUCAAUACAUUUUAUGCCUCUUUUCAUGUAUCUGUUUAAGCACGACCAAGUUUGUGCAUCUGUUCAUGUUGUGGAUGGCAAUUCUAUUUUGGUCCUGAUAAUUCAAACAAAGUUAUCCGUAAGCUUGAAUUACGUAAUGUAAGUCAACUGCAUUCAGCAAACAAACCCGCAAAUUGUGACAGCUCAAUCAGGCGCAAGUGUGUCCAGUGCAUUCACUUCAUUUAGGUACACUGUACUGUGAAGUGCAUUCUUUCACUUAUGGUAAAGCAGUUUUAUGACAGCAGCUCCUCAUUGCAUAUCAGAUUAAACAGAGAAACAGCACUGAAACCUCAAUUCCUAUAACCACUUUUCUAAAGAACUGCUCUUGGCUUCAGUUAGUGGUUAUUAUUCAUGACAAGGUUGUUCCAUUGUGUUUAAUUUGUGUUUUGCUUCACAGUCACCAAGCACACUGCAUGUUUUCGUCCACUGAGUGCAUUGUCAUUGUGUAUGUCAUUGUACAUUGGCCAUAUUCACUGGCCCAACAGUUGUGUUCACAACAUUCCGUCUAAAAAGAAAGACAGACAGAUACAAAGGAAAAAAUGAAAAAGCACCAAAACUACACACAGAAACACAUGUGAACAUGCGCACACACACACCAUUCACAAGCUUGCAUACGUGCAAGUGUACUGAUUACUCACCAUGCACUGGAGAAAGAUGACACGAGGGUUUUCGCAUGUUUAGUGCCAAAUACUACUAAGUUGUAAAAUUGUUAAGGCUGUCACUUCAGUGUGUAUAGUCAUUAAAGAUGAAUAUUAAAAUUACCAUGACACCA